AUGGUUUUCUAUCCCACUCCCAAGUUCAUUUCGAAAACCGUCGUUAAGAAGGCCGAUCCUUACGAGUGGAGCGAGCGCGACAAGCGCGUGUCGGAGGUGGCUACCACGCCGACUUGCCUGCGCUGCGCACAGAACGUGGCGACUGGCAAAAAACUUUGUAAAAAGCCGGAACAGAAGCGCUGUAGCCAUUGUGUCAAGGGCAAUCGUGGCGGUUGCUCCCUUGUUCCUGGGGAUAUGGUUGGCAAGCUCAACCGGCUGUAUCGCCUUCGGGGCAAGUAUGACACUGCUGUGUCAGAUUCCAACAAUCCCAGGACCAGUGCUAUUGUGCUGGGUGCUGGCGUCAAGCUUGCGCGUUGCCAGCGCCAAUUCAAUCUCGAGCUCGCGACCCGCCGCCGUACCGCUGCCCAUACGGGUACUCCUAUGGGAGUUCCCACCCAGAUUCCCAAGACCAGUGCGGACUUCCUGAGCUUGAUCCUGGUUGAGCAGCGCAGGAUCGCAGGCGCUUUGGAGCAGGUCGUCAAGCACAUGGCACACUCGAAUGGCAUGGCCGGUGAGGGUGAGGAUACUGAUGAUUCUGAUGAUCCGAGCACUCCUAGCGACGAUGAGUCGCAGGUUAGUGGCUCGGGGGGCGCUGGUGGUUCGGAUGGUGGUUCUGAAAGGGAUGAGGAGGAUGAGGCUGGUGGUGGUGGUGAUGGCGAGAUUGGUGGUGAUGGUGGUGAGGAUGUUGAGGGUGGUGGUGACUGA